AUGAUGAAAAUUAUAUUAUCAUUUUUCAUAUUAGCGAUUUCUGGAAAUGUUAAGGCUGCAAGUUUUCAAAGUGAAAUGCCUGACAAUCCACAACUGAUUUCAUAUGAUUCAGUAUCUCAACCAACCGUAACAUUUGAACAUGAAAAAAAAAACCAUAAUAAAUAUUUAGAUUUAAUUAAUGAAGUUUUAGGCGAACAAUCGACAAAUGUAAAAUAUGCAUAUGAUGGUGACAAUUAUCAUAUGGUUUUAACAGACUUUGAUAUAUCCAUAGAUAAUAAUCAUCGCUAUGUGAAAAAAUUUUUUUGUAAAAAAAAAACUGAAGCAGUAAAAAUAGGAACCCAAUUUUUGCUAGCUUAUUUAAAUAGUAGAUUAAAAUAUAUAUGUUCAAUACAUAUGUAUAAAUAUGAUUUUGAAAACAACUUUGCUGUCGAUUUAAUGGAAUUUGCUCAUGAGUUAAAAGCUUUAAUAUAUGAUGGAUUUUUAUACGAGUAUAAACACAACAAGAUAAAAUUCAGAAAAAAACCUGAAGAUGAAAAGCUCAAUGCGAAAGCAAAGGAAUUUUUUGCAGGGCUUAUGCAAAAUUCAAUUUUAAAUAUUCAAGGUUAUUUCAUCAAAACAAGAUCGGAUGGAAAUCAUAUAUACUUAAACCAAGAUGUUAGUCUUUAUUUCAAUGUCACUAUAGGUCCAUUUACUUUAAAAGCUACUUAUGAUUUUGAAUUUCCUGAAUAUGAAAUUGUUGAAGAAGGCGAAGCACCUUUAAAAAAAUAA